UUCUAAUACAGGAGUCACACUGUCCCGAAAUUGGCACCAGAUGGGCACACGAAUAAAGCAAUGUUCAAAUUCGGAUCUGAUGGGCCAUUCGUGAGGGCAUCUUGUGUCAUCAUAUGGUCUGGAUCCAUGCUGGUCGCAAACCCAUUAUGUUGGUUUUGUCGUGACGCAGCUCAUAUAUAUUAAUAUUUAUAACAUACAUUUAACAGACACCUGUAUGUCCUAAAUUCAAACGGAAAAAGGUAUUUAGGUCAAUUUGUUAGAAACAAAUGAAUGUAGAACAAAAACAUUAAUGAGUAACAAUAUUUCAUAAAUUAAACAUGACAUAUACAAACAAUUAUUGUUUCGGCAUGAUGUUUAUAUUGCAAUAUUGUACUUUACGUGUUUUGGAAAAUUUACACAAGAAUGACAUCCCCAGACAUUACGGAAGCAGAGGCUAAAGAUGUGGUUGAAGAAGAACGCAACAAGAGAAGUGUUUUGAGCAAAGUUGUAGAGACGUGCUUUUUGUUCCUUACAUGGCUAGCACUAUCAACGUACGUUGAAAUAUAUGGACCUACCUUAAUUGACCUGAAGAUAAAACUGAACACAGACUAUGAGCAAGUUGCUGUGGCUGUUUCCGGAAGAAGUGUUGGUUGGUUCCCAGGAAGCGUUCUCGCUGGUUUUUUCGUGGAUAAGUUUAGUGGAUAUUGUCACCUAAUGAUUGCCCUCGGCCUUGACAUUGCCGCUGGUGUGACAGUAGCUAUUCCCUGGUCCCCAAACAUCACAUACAUGUGGUACUUUUGCUUUGUUGGUGGAUUUGUUGAGUCCUUUCUCAAUAUUGCUGGCACCCGCAUUUUAUUUAACAUUUGGAAGGAUAAAACAACUUCAUACCUAAUGUUGAUACAUCUAGGCUACGGUAUAGGUUCCUUCAUUGUGCCACUGUAUUCCAAUCCGUUUUUAGCAGACAAAGAAACACAGUCCUCGGAUACAAACACAACGACGAAAAACAGCAAUUCAACAAGCGGAAGCAUGCUACCUCUCACUACCCAUAAUGCCAAGCAGAAUGAAGAAAGCUCUUUUCAGAAGGAGGAUUCAAAGAUUGAAUACGCGUACGCCAUUUCCGCUUCUAUAGUUGCAGCCGUAUCAAUUGCUUUUUACUAUUAUCAAAUACGACAUUCUAAAUUUCGGAAAAUUGCUGAAUAUAAUGAUGGAGUGACCACAAUAGUUAAGAAAGACAAUGAAAAGGAAGACAGGACGUUUAGAGAGAUUAUUAAUCCGGCAACUUGUGCUAACGGACGAUUUUGGUACGGAUCAUCCAUUUUAUUUCUCUUAUUCUUUUAUUUUGGAAAUAUCGGAGGGGGCGACCGUAUGAUUGGUAGCUUUAUCAGAAGUUUCGCCAUUGAUCAGUUAGGAUUCACCAAAGAUGCUGCGUCGAUUCUUAACACUUCAUACUGGAUAACAUUUUCUGCUGGUAGACUGGUUUUUAUAUUUAUAUCACGUUGUAUUUCAAUUCGAGUAUUAAUCGUUUUAGAAGCUAGUGGCAUGGCUAUCUCGUCUUGUUUACUAUUGUUUUUUGCCGGAGACAACUCUUUGUCUCUGUGGAUUAUAAUACAAUUCUUUUCAUUCUUCUCCGCCGCAAUUUGGCCGACGGGUAUUGCAUGGACUGAUUAUCACAUAGAACUGACAGGUCUUGGAAUGACAUUGCAAAUAUUUGGGGCAUCUGUCGGGGGUAUAUGCCACAUGCGUUUGAUAGGGUACUUGUACGAGAACUUUGGACCAAAAACGUUUUUAUUUCAGACACUUGGCUACGGUGUGCUGCAAUUCAUUUUAGCUGUGUGUUUAGAUUUAGUAGGAGCACAGCAUGGUAAUAGAUUUGCCACUGAAGAUGAAAACAAAGUUGAAAUUGAGAUGCCCGAAACUACCAGCAAAUCAAAUGAAAAGUUAGAUUGAUACAGAAAUAAUAUAUUCGCUGUAUAUAAACAGCAAUGAAUGGUAUUCCCAAACAUUAAGAUAACAUUAUACACUAUAAUUCAUCACCUGUCAUAUGUAUAAGUUUGAAAUAUUGGAGCACAGUAAGGACCCUUUUGCCAUUAAUAUCCCACUUAAUUAUUUGAUUAGCUUAACUAGCAUCAAGUAUGUGUAAGUUUAUGUACGAAUAAUAUAGUGUGAAGGAUUAUAAGUUGAUGAAUAUAUGAUAUUAUGUAAAUAUAUAUAAAGAAAUUUUGAGGAAAUAAUAUAUUUCAACACGUAAGAACUGGAAGGAAUGCAGGUUGUUCACAACGUAAUUUUCUUGCAAAAUGUUCUUAACCUGUCACUAUUCAUAUCGAAAGGUCUUAUACAGUUUAAUGUAUUAAUUGUCAAGCUGGUUAUCAAAAUAUAACUUCAAAAUUCACUUGCUUUAUACGAGU